AUGUCGGUGGCGGUGGCGGCCGGGAACCUGCCCAUGCGGCUGCUGCGCAAGAAGAUCCACAAGCGCAACCUGAAGCUGCGGCAGCGCAACCUGAAGCGGCGGGAGGCCGAGCGGGCAGGUAGGGCGGCGGCCUCGCCGGGGCCCACGGAGGAGGAGGARGAAGAGGCGGCGGCGGCUCCCGCGGAGGCCGCGGCUGCAGCGGCCCCGGCUCUGGCGGAGGCCAAGAGGAAGAAGAGGAAGAAGAGGAAGGUGCCGGCGGGCGCCGAGGACGGUACAGAGACUAAAAAAGCAAAGACUGAAGAAGAUGAGCCCGCACGGAGAGAAGAAGAUGAAGAUGGGCAGGAUUCGGGAGAGAAAGCAGAAGCAGAGGAGGAGGAGGAUGAAGUGCCCAGUUUGCCACUGGGUGUAACAGGUGCUUUUGAAGACACUGCGUUUGCUUCCCUUGCUGGUCUUGUCAGUGAGAACACCUUGAAAGGCAUAAAUGAUAUGGGCUUCACAAACAUGACAGAAAUUCAGCAUAAAAGUAUUAAACCUCUUCUAGAAGGCAGGGAUAUUUUGGCAGCAGCGAAAACAGGCAGUGGCAAAACACUUGCAUUUCUUAUUCCUGCAGUGGAGCUCAUCUACAAGCUGAAAUUCAUGCCUAGAAAUGGGACGGGCGUUAUUAUUCUUUCACCCACUCGAGAGCUCGCCAUGCAAACAUAUGGAGUUCUUAAAGAACUUAUGAAUCAUCAUGUUCACACCUAUGGUCUGAUAAUGGGGGGCAGUAACAGAUCAGCAGAAGCUCAGAAACUUGGAAAUGGCAUCAACAUCAUAGUGGCAACACCAGGAAGACUUCUGGAUCAUAUGCAGAACACUCCGGGCUUCAUGUACAAGAACUUGCAGUGCUUAGUAAUUGAUGAGGCAGAUCGUAUCUUAGAGGUUGGGUUUGAAGAAGAAAUGAAACAGAUCAUAAAACUUCUACCAAAGCGCAGACAGACAAUGCUUUUUUCUGCUACUCAAACCAGAAAGGUUGAAGAUCUGGCUAAGAUCUCUUUAAAGAAAGAGCCGCUAUAUGUUGGGGUUGAUGAUAACAAGGAAACAGCAACAGUAGACGGUCUUGAACAGGGCUAUGUGGUAUGUCCGUCRGAAAAAAGAUUCCUUUUGCUCUUCACCUUCCUCAAGAAGAAUCGGAAAAAGAAAUUGAUGGUGUUUUUUUCUUCAUGUAUGUCAGUGAAGUACCAUUAUGAGUUACUCAACUAUAUUGAUUUGCCCGUUAUGGCCAUUCAUGGCAAGCAGAAGCAAACCAAACGUACUACAACAUUUUUCCAGUUCUGUAAUGCCGAAUCUGGAAUACUGUUGUGCACUGAUGUAGCUGCUAGAGGACUGGAUAUUCCUGAAGUGGACUGGAUUGUCCAGUAUGACCCUCCGGAUGAUCCAAAAGAAUACAUUCAUCGAGUCGGAAGAACUGCCCGAGGUAUCAAUGGUAGAGGCCACGCGUUGCUCAUUUUGCGACCAGAAGAACUGGGCUUUCUUCGUUACCUGAAACAAGCCAGGGUACCAUUAAGUGAAUUUGAGUUUUCGUGGUCAAAAGUUUCAGAUAUCCAGUCUCAGCUGGAGAAGCUGAUUGAGAAGAACUACUUCCUUCACAAGUCGGCCCAGGAAGCCUACAAGGCCUACAUUAGAGCUUAUGACUCCCACUCUCUGAAACAGAUCUACAACGUCAACAACCUGGAUCUGCCCAAAGUCAGCCUUUCAUUUGGUUUUAAAGUCCCUCCAUUUGUUGACCUCAAUGUGAACAGCAACCAAGGCAGAAGACUACAGAAGAGAGGUGGAGGUGGAGGAUUUGGUUACCAGAAAGCAAAGAACGUCCAUAAAGCUAAAAUCUUCAAACACAUUAACAGGAAAUCAGACAAUCGUCAGUUUUCUCGUUAAUCAUCCCUUCAUUAAAAUGGUUUCUGUCAUUAGAAAAGACUACCUUGAUCAAAACUAGCUCACAGUUACUUCCAGUUGAAACUGCUCUGUUAAUGUUUUAUUUUUGUUUGUUUUGUCUUUGCUAGCUUUAUCUUUMAGGAUGACUUGUGGGGAGGGAGAAUGAAGAUACGUCUGCCAGUUUUGCCUUGCUCAUAUUAAGGAAGAAGAUGGUUAGUCAGUACUAUAUUAAAGAAAAAUCUUUUUAUAAGAGAAUUUGCUUUUUUUCCCUUUUUUUUAUAUGCAUCUGCACACCUCUGAAAAGGUUUGGGAUAGGGAGGACAUACGGACAGAUUGUAGUCUGGGAUCACAUGCAACCAAGAGACAUCAGGGCUCAGAAAUGCAGAAGAGCUCUAAGUCUCUGAAAAUAUUUUUACAGURUAAAAGGGAUUUUUGUUCACAUGAAUCACUGCAGAAUUUUCUAGUGCUGCAAAACUGUCAAAAAAAAUGCUGGAGAAUAUAGGUGAGAUUGCUUUAGAACAGAAUAUAUGAAUGUAAUUAAGACUGAAUGAGUCUGUAAUUAUUUACAGUCAUGGCACCUAUUUUGUUUUUUUUUGUUGUUUUUUAAUUUUAUGAUAAAAUGCUAMUAUUCUAGUGAAAUGAUGAGAUUUACUUUGUGUUCUUGAUAACCUGCAUUUACCCAUUUGGAAUUGGCUAGCAUUUCCUCUUACAAAUAUGCACAUAGAGUCAAGAAAAGCAGAAUACGUCAUUUGAAGCUCUUGGCCCACAUCAUGAGUUUUAAAAUGCUAUGUAAACCUGAUGCAAUGAGAAUUGUUGCAGUUUUAUUUUGUAAAUUACAAAAGUGAAUUGCUUAGUUUUAGUCUAUCAGAUCGGUGAAUAAGAUAAAAAUACUGCCACACGAUCGAGGGGCUGAAAGAAUACAUUAUAAAUGUGCUUGUGUCCAAGAUUAAAAAAAUGAGAUAGUAUUUAGCGGUACUAGAGAGAGAUUUUGAAGAAGAAAUAGAGAAGACCAAAAUGGAAGAGCAUAGCAUACACAUGGCAAUUACCACAAAUACAGAGAAUAAACAGGAAAAAAAAUACGCAAGGUGUUCAAAGUAAGCAGAGGAAAUGUGUAUUACAAGUUCAUACCACUGCCAAAAUAGGUAACUAUUAUUCUCAUGAGGCUCAGGUGGUGAAGGAAAUAGUAUUUCAAAAAUGUAAAUCCAUCAGUGCAAGGAAGAGUUCAAGUGUUACAGAAUGCAGAACUCCAGCCCCCAAGUUUUUACAGUUAAACAUCUUAAUUUUAUUUUGCAUUCUGUAUCAUGUAAAAUGUUAUCCAGGACCAAUUAUGAAUCCAAAGGCAUUGAUAUUUUUUCCAGGGUAAUAUGGACUGUAAUCAAUUUUAUUUUUAAAAAUCAACAUGUCAGAUUGCACAUAGUAAUCUGUGCAUAGAAGUACUGGGGAAGAGUGUCGGAGCUUGGGUUUUCACCCUGUGAGGAGAUGGCUCUCGGGGAGAACAGCGUGGGUGGUGCGAGGGCCCCCCUGGCUCCGAGGCGAGUGCUCGCUCCAGCCACAACAGAGCAGGGUUCUUAAUUUUUCUCUUGUGAAACAGCUGAGCUACAGCCCUGUAACUUUUAAAGGCUCUUAAUACUGGUCUAAGAACUU